AUGCCUCUCCCCUUGACGCUACUAUCUCUUAUAAUAAACUGUCCAAUACACAAAGCCUUUGUUGCUUCAAUCACAAAGGAAAUAGAGCCAAAUACCUAUGCACAAGUUGUCAAAACUCCUAGUUGGUGCAAGGCAAUGCAAGCUGAAAUAAAAGCAUUGGAGAUGAAUGACACUUGGACAGUAGUUGAUUUGCCUCAAGGCAAGGAGGCUAUAGGUGAAAAUUGGUGUACAAAGUCAAGUACAAUGCAAAUGGAAGUGUUGAGAGAUAUAAGGUACAGGUGGAACUUGCACCAAUUAGAUGUGCACAAUGCAUUCCUUCAUGGAGAUUCAGAUGAGAAAGCAUCGAGGCAAUGGUAUGCGAAGCUCUCAGAUUUCAUUGUUCAAAAAGGUUUCAAGCAGUCAAAAGCAGAUUAUAGUCUGUUUACAAGGUUAGUGGGGGAGUUCUUCACAGCUACACUUGUCUAUGUGGAUGAUCUCAUUAUAGCAGGUAAUGAUAUGGAAACUGCUCAUUCUCUUAAAUCUUCCCUGCAUGACAGAUUUAAGAUAAAAGACUUGGGUACUUUGAAGUACUUUCUUGGCUUAGAAGUGGCAAGAUCAAAAAGAGGGAUUUAUAUAUGUCAAAAGAAAUAUGCAUUGGAAAUAUUAUCUAACUCGGGAACCAUUGGAGCAGCAACUGUUAAGAUACCUCUGGACCAAAAUAGCAAAUUGCCCAAAGAUCAAGGUGCCCUGCUUAAAAAUCCUUCUAUUUAUAGGAGGCUUAUUGAGAGGCUUCUCUACCUUGCCAUUACCAAGCCAGAUUUAACUUAUUCAGUCCAAUUACUUAGCAAAUUCAUGCAAGCACCUAGGGUCCCACACUUGAAUGCUACUCAUAAGGUGCUAAGGUAUAUAAAGAGGGCUCCAGACCAAGGGUUAUUGUACUCUUCACAGUCAAACCUACAGCUUGAGGUGUACUGUGAUUCGGAUUGGGGGGCAAGCCCAGAUACACGAAAGUCUAUAAGAGGCUAUUGUGCCUUUCAUGGUCCUUCCCUAGUGUCUUGGAAAUCUAUAAAACAAAACACCAUCUCUAGGUCCUCAACUGAGGCUAAAUAUAGAGCUAUGGCAAGUGCUUGCUGUGAACUGACUUGGUUAAGGUUUUUGCUUCAAGACUUAAUGGUAGAUCAUCAUCAGGUGGCUGUGUCAUAA